GCCGAGGGGCGGCCGGCCCCCGAGGCGAGGGUGCACUUCCGAGUGACGAGGUUCAUCAUGGAGGCAGGUGUCAAGCUGGGGAUGCAGUCCAUUCCCAUCGCCACUGCUUGUACCAUUUACCAUAAGUUCUUCUGCGAGAUCAACCUGGACGCCUAUGACCCCUACUUGGUUGCCAUGUCUUCCCUUUACUUGGCUGGCAAAGUGGAGGAGCAGCACCUGCGUACUCGUGACAUCAUCAACGUGUCCAACAGGUACUUCCACCCAGGCAGUGAGCCCUUGGAGCUGGACUCUCGUUUCUGGGCGCUUCGGGACAGCAUCGUACAGUGUGAGCUCCUCGUGCUGCGAGUUCUUCGUUUCCAAGUCUCCUUCCAGCACCCACAUAAGUACCUGCUCCACUACCUGAUUUCCCUCAAGAACUGGCUGAAUCGUUACAGCUGGCAGCGGACCCCCAUCUCCGUCACUGCCUGGGCCCUGCUGCGGGACAGCUACCACGGGGGGCUGUGCCUCCGGUUCCGGGCUCAGCACAUAGCCGUGGCAGUGCUCCACCUGGCCCUGCAGGCCUAUGGGGUCGAGGUGCCCGCCGAGGCUGAGGCCGAGAAGCCAUGGUGGCAGGUGUUUAGUGACGACCUUACCAAGCCAAUCAUUGAUAACAUUGUGUCUGAUCUCAUUCAGAUUUAUAGCAUGGACACAGAGAUCCCCUAAGGCCCUGGUCCAGGCCUGCCCAAAGAGAAGCCCGGACGCCUGGCUGCCUGGGGACGGCGCCACCACAUCACCGUGACGCCCAGUCCCCAGAAGACCAGCUGGGAGGACGGGUUUUGUGCUGCUGGAGACGGGCUGGUGAAGGCGAUGACAUGCUGCCGCUUUGAUUCUCAUGCUUUGACUGUCCCUGGCAGCAGUGGUCCAGACGGUGCCGGGGGCUGCGACUCCAGCGGGCAGGCCAGGAGUGCGCCAUGGGGGGUGGCCCCCAGGCAUCCACGUCCGCUUUUGUCCUUUGAGAGGAUACCGACUACAGUUGAGGUGUGAUGUCGUUGGAAGAAAAAUCAAAGAACAGAUGGACUGCACUCCUGGGGAGUUUUUAAAAGCCAGAUUUAUAGAAAGUAUGAAUGUGCAACAUAGACAGAAUUUUAUUUUGUGUAAUAAAAGAUGAUACCAAUCAACGGA